ACUACAUAUAUAAAUAUUAAAUAAAAGUUCAAGAACGCGACUAAACCUGGCUGGAUUUAGGAAGCAAAUAUUCUCUCGCUGGAGGUUUUCAGGGAGAAAUAUCCAUUUGUUUGUACUACAGUGUCUGGAGAGAUAAAGAAGGAAGGAGGCAUUAACAUUGGAAAAACACCCUCUCAGAGAGGAAAUGGAUGUGAUUCCUGAUAAGUAUCAAAAGAAGCAGGAGCAGGACUGGCAAACGAUUGGGAGAGCUGGAAACCCGACUUCCCCUCAGAAAUUUCUGAAACAAGACUUCGUUUAUCUGAGAGACUACUGCCUGAGUCAGGGCGUACUUUUUGAGGAUGAUACUUUCCCUGCUCAUGUCAGUUCUAUUGGGUAUAACUUGCUCUCAGAAGACAAAUUGCAUCAAAUACAGUGGAUGAGGCCAAAUGACAUACUAGAAAAUCCCAAAUUAAUUGUUAAUGAUGUGAGCAGAUUCGAUAUUCUCCAAGGGGAAAUAGGUGACUGUUGGCUUCUAGCAGCACUGGGCUCUUUGACCCUGCAGCAGCGGUUUCUGGAAAAUGUUAUUCCAAAAGAUCAAGACUUCAAACACAAUUAUGCAGGAAUUUUUCAUUUCCGGUUCUGGCAUUUUGGAGACUGGAUGGAUGUGGUGAUAGACGACCGAUUGCCAUUUCUCAAUGGGAGAUACUUGUCAGUCCAUCCGCGCAGCACUAGUGAAUUCUGGCCAUCUCUACUUGAAAAAGCCUAUGCCAAGUUGCAUGGCUCUUAUCAGAACUUGCACUGGGGCUUCAUUUCAGAGGCUUUAGUGGGCUUCACAGGUGGAAUCCAAAUGUCUUUUGACCUCCAGAGGUCCUUUUCUUAUUUACACAAGAUAGUAAAAGCAGCUGCUAAGUCAGGAUGUCUGAUGGGCUGCACCACUCCUGGAGCGCGAUCAACAGGCAACAUAGAACUAAAGAAUGGGAUUGUAUUGGGUCAUGCAUACACUGUGACAUGGACUGCUGAGGUACCAUACAAGGACAGAAAGGAAUGCUUAAUCAGAAUAUGGAAUCCUUGGGGCCACGGGGAAUGGAGAGGACCUUGGAGUGAUGGUUCGGUGGAGUGGGAUCAAGUUCCAGUUGAAUAUAAGAACCAUUACUAUCAGAACAAGAAUGAUGGCGAAUUCUGGAUAUCAUAUCAAGAUUUCAUUGACAAUUUUUCCUCCCUGUGCAUUUGUAAUAAUGUGCCAACUUUCCUGAACUAUGGAGAGCACAGCAAUGCAACAUGGUCCUUGGACAUGCAUGUCGGCCAAUGGCCCCGAGGAGGAGGAAGCUCUGGUGGCUCUUCAAGAAAGGCUCAGUAUUCCAUCCACGUGCCAGAGCCUGAUCUGAAAACUUAUAAUGUUGUGGUAUCACUGAUGCAAAAGCCACUGAAUAAUAGACACAAUUCACAAUUACUGCGCAUUGGUUUCCGGAUAUUUGGGGGGGGAACUAAACCUCAAGAAUUAAGCACGGGCUUUGAACAAGCACAAGACAUUGUGAAUUACUUUUAUUUGAGCCCUGGGACCUACACAAUUAUUCCAGCUUCACAAGAAGACCAAGAGUGUGAAUUCCUUCUACGGAUUUUUCAGAGGAAUCAGAGCGAUAACAGGGAACUAAAUACUAAAGUCAAUCCAGUGGUGCCAAAGGAUAUGCCCAGGUGGAAUCAAGACAACUCUUAUGAAAAAGUCUUCCGAAGAUAUGCUAAUCAAAGUUCCUACCUGGAUGCUUCACAGUUGCAGAGGAUCCUUAAUGAUGUGUUCCUGAAAGAUCUAAUGGCCAGUCUGGGAAGCGAAGAUAGAUUCAGCUUCGAUUCAUGCAGGAGCCUUUUAGCUCUGAUGGAUUUCAAUGCUAACGGAAGGCUUGUACUGCAAGAGUUUCAACUACUGUGGAGAUACCUCAACAAGUACAAGGAGAUUUUUAGAAGGGAAGAUGAAAAUAAAUCUGGAUUCCUGGAAGUUUCCAAUUUGACAAGAGUAAUACAGAUGGCAGGCCUGAGUGUUGAUGACAAGCUUCUCCAGCUAAUGACAGUAAGAUAUGGCGACUCCUCCAUGAGACUCAGCUUCCCUGAUUUUGCGUGCUGUAUGAUUCGUCUUGAGACCAUGGCAAAGGCCUUUCGCAAUUUAUCUGUAGGUGGGAGAGGAAUUUCUUUCUCUGAAGAUCAGUGGAUGACAAUAAUCAUGUACUGCUAGGAUAUGGCUCUAUGAAUACUGAUUUCUCCACACCCACUACCCCUCUGCAAACCCCACCCUAUUCAAUCAUGGCUGCUCUUGUCAUUCACCGGCUAUUAUCAUUCGGUUUCUGUAAUCACUCCACUCUCCAAGAUAUAAGGACAGAUGGACUCACAUUCUAGCUGAAGAAGUGAGCCAUGAGUCUGACUCACAAAGGCUCAUACCCUACCACUAGUUUUGUUAGUCUUAUAGGUGCUACUGGACUCUUGCUCUUGUCUACUGCUACAGACAGCUACCCAUCUUGAUCUAUUUUUAGCAAUGUCGAACUUCCCAGUAGGAAAGUAAAGGUUGAAGGGGGUUAUUGGGUUUUUUAUUGCAUUCUGAUGUUUUAAAUUUUGAUUUGUAAGCUGCUUUGAGUCACAGGAAAGUAUGUGAUAUAUAUAUUUAUUAAAUCCAAUCAAUCAAUCAACGAUCACACUUAUUAAAGGAUACUGGUUUGUAAUCCCCUGUUAAUGAUCCCUCCAGCUGUAAAUUGCUUUUGAAGGUGGAAGCUAGAAAACUCUAAUUCAGACAUUUAAAGAUUUGUGAGAGUUUGGGCAGUGUUCAGAGGCGCUGAAUGGGAAAAUAUUUUUAUGGGUUAAAGCCAAAGACUCUCUUUCAAUAAUUCCUCCACUGCUGGAAGCAGUCCAAAGUUAUAAACCCCAUGAAUAAAGUGUCAUGUCUAAAAUUAAUUAUAUUAAAGAGAAAGCUGGAAGACAACACAUUUAUUUAAGAAAUGUUAAUUAUAAGCCUUCCUUUGCAAUAAUCUACACAUGUUUAAUGCAUAUUUAACUUGCUGAAGGACCUUUCCUUUGGUAAUUAAAAAUAUCAUACAUGCCUUUGAUGUUUGAAUUUCAUAAACUAAUAUAUAUGAGCAAGAUGGCUUGUGUACAAUGUUUUCCUCAUUUUAGGUUGCUCACUUCUCAGUGAAAUGUAACAUACAUUCAUAAGGAGAUUUUGAAAAUAAGGAGCUGCUGAUUGAGGUCCUGUUAAUCAAAAUGGAAAGAAAUCCAGUAAACUAUUCAUGUCCUUCUCACAGCCUCUACAUAAUCUGGAAAUGAAGGCAAAUAAUGGGGCAAAGAUAUCCAUGGAGAUCAGUGAUGAAGCCUUGGAAAGAAGAUGUCUGCUUCAUGUUCUUUAGAAGCUAGACAUUUUUAAAAGUUUAAAAAAAUCUAAUUCAUAGUUCCAUGGAAGACAUACCCUAUAUCCAAAGUAGCCUAAAGCCUAUGAAGGAUUAUACUCUCUUAAAGCAUAUUAGUUCUUUAUUGUUGGUUGGGGAAGAGGAGUAAAGUUGUGUCAUUGAAAUUGUAACCUGCUUUGGGGAGGGCUUAUUAGAGAUUGAAGAGUCGGGUAUAAAUUUAAUAAAUACAAAAUUUAAAUUCCACCCCCCCCAGGUGCUAUUAGACUUGAAAUGCUACAUGUACAUAAACACCCUAUUGAAUAUUUGGUUAUUGGCACAUUGAAGUUAAAUGGGGUGAGCUCCCUCCCCCAGCAAGGUGGCAGAAAAGAGGGGUUCCAUUCUUAGAAAUGGUCACCAUUUUUGUGGUUUCUACGUAGGUCACUAUUAAGAAAGUGUCUCCUUUCCUGACAUUUCAUGCAUAAACAGGGUUUCCUCUUUUCAAAUUGUUCUUGUCUUUCAAGAAAUGCGGUUUUGAAAUGAGUUUUUUUCUUUGUUUUUUUUUUAAAUCCAAUUUUGCCUGUCUUUUUGAAAUGUCAGAAUUCUCACAUGAAAAUAUGAAUCACCAAAAUAAAUGAGUGUUUUUUCUCCUAAGUAUAUAUGCAUGUGUUUUAUUGGUGACAUAUUUCCUGCAACAGCUAAAAAAGAAAGUUGGACAGAUUUUCAACAGAGUAGGACAAGUCCAUUUUCUAGCUCUCUUAAGAGCCCAGCCCAUUAUUAGAACAGUUGACACCUGUCAGGCUUCAUUAAUGUCUUUUAUAUAUGCAUCUUACAAGAAACAUAAUAGCUGAAGUUUUUUCUUCCUUGUCAGUGAAGUGAUGGGGGAAAUUGUACCUGCUGAUCUGCUUGUUAUGCAGCCCUUUAAAAUAUAACACCUUUUCCUAGGCUCUCCCUACAAGGACAAAUAGCACUUCCAGGCCAGGGUAGAAUGUGAUGUAUUAAAACUAAAACCUCUUGAAUCCAGCACCACAGCCCAAAUCUCUUCCCCCUAUCUAGUAUUUGUAGAAGUGUGAAUAGAUAGCAGAUCUAUCAAGGUGUUUUAUUUAUCCCUUAAAAAGUGGCAUCCUUAGCUGGCAUGGCAGUAGAAAGUACCCUCAAGUCAAAGCUAACUUACAGCAACCCCAUAGCGUUUUCAAGGCAAGAGAUAAACAGUGGGGUUUGCCAUUGUCUGCCUCUGAAUAGCAACCCUCAACUUCCUUGGCAAUUUCCCAUCCAAGUAUCAACAAAGGCUGACCCUGCUUAGCUUCCAAAAUCUGAUGAGGUCAGGCUAGGCUGGCCAUCCAGUCAGGUUGACAUAUAUACAGUCAUUUGGAUGGUUUUCCUAGACACCUAGUACAGAUAUCCUGGGUAUGAUCUUUGCCAGCAUUUUUUCAUCUAAAAAUACUGGGCCUGAGCGCUUAUACUACUUUAUACUUCCUAAAUGCCCCAUUGCAUACCAACUAAUUGCUGCAGAAGGCGGUCCCACUGCCUAUGUAAUCAGAGCUCAAUAAUCCAUGGCAAGCUCACUUUAAGCACAAAUAAACAGGAAAUUCUAUAACAUUUCAUUAAAAUUCCAUUAAAGUGGCAAGACAUAGACUUUCACAGUGAUUUACCUGGUUCCAGCACUUUGUUAUCAUUAAUGGCUUUGAACAUCUCAGUCUAUGAUUAUUGAACUGUGUCUCUACCUCCCUCUGCUGCCUCUUUAGUGCAACAAAAAGCAGGUGGGAGUCGGGUUACAAAAUACUUUGUAUCUGCUAAAAUACAAGAAUAGUGUGGUGCAGAAAAAAUCUCAGUCCUGGGUGAUCAGUGCAGUUUCCUUCCUAACCCUUAUCUCAGCUCCACAGUCAAUAUGGACAUGGCCCAUGGCUUAAAAAGAAAAAUCAUCCACAUGUCCUUUAUUAGUUUGGUCAUGAUGACAUAGGUAAAACACUGCCUGGAUGCUAGACAAUGGCCC